AUGAAAUCUGUUCCAUACGUAUGUUAUGGUAAUUGUUUGUACAUUGAGUCUAAAAUAGCUAAUGUCACAGGUAUUUCAGGAGUUAAUAGUAAAGGUUCAGUAGAAUAUAAAUCCUUCUGUUAUGCAGUCAAUUCAAUGUUCAUUCCAAACGUUCCUGUCAUAGCAACUCAUUUAGGUAAAUGGGUUCGCAUUAGUCCUCAUAAUUUGAAAGACAUGCAAUUCAGACUAGUUGACUUUCAGGGCGAGCCUGUAGAACUGAAGGCACCAGUGCGAAUGACUGUUGAAGUUGACUUUUUAGAAAAUAUUAAAUGCAACAGCUUACAAGAGAACUCAGAGCUAAAAAUAUAA